AGAACCCCCUGUUUUAUUCGCAUUUGUUUGAGAGAGAGAGAGGGAGGGAGGGGAGCGUGUGAGCUGAGCUCGGGGCUAGUUGAGGAAAAUCCACAUAGCAGCUCAUCUCUCCAACUACACACUGUCAUUCUCAUCUUUCGAAUCACAAUCAGAUUAGGAUUUGCCCAUUGGAGUGCUAUGUACCAAAUGACGCUUUUACUCAAAUUUGAGUGAAAAAACUGGAGCUGCCCUGUCAUGUAUGUAUGACUGAAGGGGUGUUACCGGGUUUUAGCUCUGGAUUAGGCUUCGGACACUGGACUGGAGUUCAGAUCGAGUGUAAAGUCUGAAUUUUGGAAUUUGACCCGCAACGCGUUUUGGUUUCAAUUUGUUUGUAUUUAAUUGAGAGCCACUGAACAAUUUCAAUUAAGAACACUGAAUAUUGAACCGGAUAAUGGUGUAGGGACUUAGAACUCUUUUUUGGCUUCUGGGUUAUUUCCAGUGGUUGGAAACUAGAAAUAGUUUGAAGUAGCUGGAGGAGAUAAAACUUCAAAUGAGCUUUCUUAUUGAGCUCCCUAGCUCAAUAACUGGAAAGGAAAAGAAUAGCUUUGUGUAAGUGACUGGAAAGGAAAAGGAUUGAUGGAAGAUUGCUCAAAGUAUACCCACAGUCCUGCUCAUUUGGCGGUUGUGCAGCGUGACUACGUUACCCUCAAAAAGAUUAUCUCGACCCUCCCUCGGUUGGCAAAGGCUGGUGAAGUUAACACAGAGGAAGAAUCUCUUGCUGCAGAGCUCCAAGCUGAUGCUGUAUCCGCAGUUAUUGAUCGGAGAGAUGUUAUUGGCCGCGAGACCCCUCUGCAUCUUGCUGUGCGUCUUAGGGAUCCGAUCUCCGCUGAGAUUUUAAUGGCAGCAGGUACCGACUGGAGUCUCCAGAACGAGAAUGGCUGGAGUGCUCUGCAAGAAGCGGUUUGCACCAGAGAGGAAAAUAUUGCUAUGAUCAUUGCUCGCCAUUACCAGCCUCUUGCCUGGGCCAAAUGGUGCCGUAGACUACCUCGAAUUGUUGCUUCGGCUGCUCGAAUUCGUGAUUUCUAUAUGGAGAUAACCUUCCAUUUUGAGAGCUCAGUGAUUCCUUUCAUUGGUCGCAUUGCCCCAUCGGAUACUUACCGAAUUUGGAAGCGUGGUUCUAAUCUCCGUGCUGAUAUGACGCUUGCUGGCUUUGAUGGGCUCCGGAUUCAACGGUCUGAUCAGACAUUCCUCUUCCUUGGAGACGGAUAUUCUUCUGAGGAUGGGAACAUAUCUUUGCCUCCUGGAUCUUUGAUUGUGCUUGCUCAUAAAGAAAAAGAAAUAACAAACGCUUUGGAGGGAGCUGGUGCUCAGCCGACAGAAGCUGAAGUUGCACAUGAAGUGGCUCUGAUGUCUCAGACAAACAUGUAUAGGCCUGGUAUCGAUGUUACUCAGGCUGAGCUGGUUUCACAUCUAAAUUGGAGGCGACAAGAGAGAACUGAGAUGGUUGGAAAUUGGAAGGCAAAGGUCUACGACAUGCUUCAUGUAAUGGUGAGUGUUAAGUCAAGGCGGGUCCCUGGUGCCAUGACUGAUGAGGAACUAUUUUCUGUGGACGAUGAUGAGAGACUAGGAAACGGAGGUGAUUAUGAUGAUGUAUUAACAGCUGAAGAAAGGAUGCAGUUAGAUUCUGCACUUCAGAAAGGGAAUUCAGAUGUUCUUAGUGAGGAUGAGGAACAUGGGGUUCAGGAUUCUCACGAAAAUGGUGAUGGAGGUUCCUUUGACAGUUGUGAACCCAAUGUUAGUGUGAAAGAGAAGAAGACUUGGUUUGGCUGGAAUAAGAAAAGUUCGAAACAUGGAGGUGAUGAUCGUGAGGAUUCAAAAGCACCAAAGAAGUUCUCGAACUUGGCCCCAGAAGGUAGCAACCAGCGAGCCAAUGGUGGUCAAAGAUCGCCCUCUGAGUUUUCCAGGGAGGAUUUAGGGGAUGCUAAAAAGAGCAAAGAUAAAGGCAGCAAAAAGAAGAAAAAGAAAGGGGUCAGUAGUGAGUCUAAGCAUGAGAGUGAGUACAAAAAGGGGUUAAGGCCUGUUUUGUGGUUGACCCCCGAUUUCCCUUUGAAGACGGAAGAACUCUUGCCUUUAUUCGACAUCUUAGCCAACAAAGUGAAAGCUAUUAGAAGACUGAGGGAGCUUUUAACUACUAAACUACCUCAUGGAACAUUUCCCAUUAAGGUUGCUAUCCCUAUCGUUCCAACCAUUAGGGUCCUUGUCACUUUUACAAAGUUUGAGGAGCUUCAGCCAACGGAAGAGUUCUCAACGCCUCUCUCCAGCCCUGUACAUUUUGAAGACGCCAAGUCUAAGGAAACAGAGGCGUCCACGUCAUGGAUUUCCUGGAUAAGAGGGAGCCAAGGCGGGCAAUCAAACGACAGUGAAAGCUGUAGCUUCAGGGAUGAGACAGACCCGUUCCACAUACCAUCUGAUUACGUGUGGGUUGAUGCCAAUGAGAAGAAACGCCGUAUGAAGGCCAAGAAAGCUAAGAGCAAGAAACAUAGGAAGCAAACAGCAGCUAAAAGUGGGGAUAGCGGACGUCACAUGAGCGAGGAUUUGGAAGACUAAUGGCAUAGGAGAUACCUAAUGGUUCUCUGUUGCUUCAAAAUGCUUUGCAACAGGUAAUGGGAGAGCUGAAAGACCAUUCCUUGAACGCUGACCUCUAUUAUUUCCUUUGGAUGUGAUUGAACAACUCGUGGGAUAGAAGUAAGGAGAUUUCUUACUAAGAAGAUAUGUAUCUUCUAUCAUUGUUGUAUUGUCAUGUGAUGAAAUUGCUAUGGAACAGAAUAUCCCUCUCUUUAGUAGUUUCCCUUUCUUUCUUUCUUUCUUUCUUUUUUUUUUUCAGUUUCUCUGAUUUUUUUUCAUGUAUCUAUAUAUGUGAUUACCUAGUUUACAUUUAUGAUUGGAUUUAGUUAGGCCA